AUGGCUGAAGAGGCUGAGACUCAGUUUUCUAUCAUGAGUCUGGAGGAUGAACUGAUCUGCAGCAUCUGUCUGAGCCCCUUUGACUGCCCGGUGACCAUCCCCUGCAGACACAACUUCUGCCGGGACUGCCUGCUGGAAAGCUGGAAGGACUCCUACAGCUGUCCUCAGUGUCGGACCCUGUUCGACACCAAACCGGAGCUGAAGAAAAACACGGUCCUCACCGCCGUCGUGGAGACAUUCAAAGUGAGGUCAGACAAAAGCGAAGCCAGCCUGAGUGGAGAAGCGAGUGAAGCCGUGAGAAAAGAUGUCAUCCGCUGUGAUACAUGCAUGGAAGCAGAGGCAUUGAAGACCUGCCUCACCUGCAUGGCGUCAUAUUGUGAGGAGCACCUGCGCCCUCACCGGGAAAACCCCAUUUUCCUUCUCCACCAGCUGAGCGAGCCUGUGGGGGACCUGUCGGAGCGCAUCUGCCCCGACCAUCACAAGCUGAUGGAGCUCUUCUGCACCCAGCAUGACCGACUGAUCUGCAGCUUCUGCCUUCAACAGAUCCACAGAGGCUGCUCCUUCGUGACUCUGGAGGAGCAGAGGAACCUGAAAGAGUCCGACCUCAGGAACAAGUUGGGUUUGCUGAACGAGAAAAUGGAGAAAACUGAAACUGUUGUGUUUCAAAUUAAUAACAUGCAGAGCAAGCUGAAGGACGCAGCAAAUAAAAGGAAGACGGCACUGGCAGCUGUUUAUCAGCAGAUGAGGGAUCUCUUGGCUCAAGAUGAACGCGAGGCCCAAAAUGAGGUGGACCGCGAGCUGGAGCUCGGUCAGAUGAAACUUCAGGAACUCGCGAAGAAGCUAAAUGAAAACUGUGAGAAGAUGGGAAAAACCAGAGAAGACAUCAACAGCCUGCUGAGUGAAUCCCAAACCUCGACUUUCCUGCAGGCUUCAGUUGAACUGCCCAAAGUCAUAAAGUUCGAGCCGCACGUUCCUCGAAUCAACCUGGACUCCAAGAAGGUGACAGCGACACAGGCGUUUGCUGCUGCCCUGAGGGAGACUCUGAUGGAGAUGCUUAAUCAGCCUGUUGAGGCCAGAUUACUGUUACUUAAACCAGAGGUGGAGUCCUGUCCAGGUGACCCCAGACUCCCCGAGUCACACAGUUCGGGCCCUCAGACCAAAACACAAAAGAAGAGAAGAACUCGAAAAAACAAGCCAAAGCCUCCUCAGUCCACUGCGGAGAGUGUGGGAACAAGAAUAAUGCCCGUUCAGUGGAAAACCUGAUGGCGUGUGGAGGGAAAGAGAAACCCAGAGGCUGUGAGCGUAGCAGGCAUCACUCCCUCAUGUGGCAGCAGCAGCAGCUGUGUCUGAUCUUUGAAUGGCCUUUUCUUUUUGUCCCGUGCAGAUGGCCAGCGUAGGCUUUAUAGAUGGGCCUCGGAGGUCACGGUCUACCCACGAGUGUCACUGUGCCCCCCCUCCGCUGAGUUCUACUGAUAUGCUUCGUACAAUUUCAUACAAUUUGGCAAUGAAAUGCUUAAACACCCUUAUUAAUAAUAGGUUGUUGUGUGAGCUCAGUUUAACUGAUGGCUUCACAGUAGUUUAGUGCUUCUGAGUGGAUGGGCCUGUGCAGGUCAGACUUUGGGAACAACCCUUCACGUCUCUUGGAAAUUUAAAGGUCUUCAUCAGCUUGCGACUCUACACAAAAAUUGCUAAAGAAAUGGAAACAUGUUGAGGAUAUUGUGCACUCACAGCCUACAGUCCUAGUGUGUGGUGAGUUCAUGGAUCCUCUUCUGCACCUGCUUUUCCUCUGCAAUCUAAGACAAAUAUUUUUGCACGUGUAUAACUGUGGCUACAUUUCUCUCUUUGCAUUAUGUGUGUAUGGUUGUGGCAACAAUUUUGCCGGCAUGUGUUUGGGUUACAACUGCAAAGGACCCACCAGUCAAUUGGGUCACAAUGCCCAGUCCUGGUGUUUCAAGUGGUUUACUGUCCAGCUUUGGCAUAACAGUAAUGAGACCAGACCGUAUCCCUUCCACAGAGUUCCCUUAACCCCCCCUUUCUAGAGAAUAUUUAUCCAGCCUUCUGGAUGUUCUCCAUUACUUUGUGCAACCUGAAGCCAUGGGUAGCAUAUGCAGUCAGCCAAUGUUCUCAUUAAAGGUGUCCUGUGGAAUUUUCUUUGUAAGCAAGCAAAAGUUACGGUACUGUAACUGUAUUUAAGAUCUGGGGAGUUUCCUGGACUUGCAUCCAAAUCUCUGAGUGACUUAGUUAUCACUUUUACCUUGUGACAUGGAGCUGCAUCAUGCUGGAAGAUGCUCAGAUUGGGGUUAACGCUGUAAAUACAAACUCUUUGCAUAAAUUUGACUUAUUUGCCAAUAAAAUUCCUUGAAAUGCUUAUGAUUGUUCCUCACUCUAUCAUACAAACAUGUAACACAAUUAGCGUGAAUAAAUACUGAAGCAGCAAAGUGUUUGAAACAAAAAUGUGCGCCAUGACUGUCAUGUUAUCUUUAAAUAAGUCAUCAAAAUGUUGAAUGAAUUAUUGUUUUUUGCAUCAGAUGGCAAUAUGUGCGAGUGUGGUCACUUUUAUUCUUUAUUGUGAUGUUUCAGUAUUCAACAAUCUUGUGCUGUCUGUGACUAUGAAAUGAGUAAAUGCAAAGUGCCACUGUAGCUACUGUAACAUUGUUUCUUGGUUUGUU